UCCCUGUAGCACUCCUUUAUAGCUGUAGUUCUGAGACAAUGUUAAUUUAAAUCGAUUGUGUUUAGACAGCUUGAUAGAUUAACUUGCUCUGAAUAAAAUAAUACUGAGUUCGCGCAUCUUCUACACAUCUAUAAGGUUUGUUGUUCUUUUGUUUGGCUAUUAUAAAUUACAGACAGUGGAGAAGAUUGCAGAGUGUUGAAUGUUUUUUUCAUAUUUAUUUUCGGCAAAAUUCGCCAGUUUUAGGCGAGAUUAAGAGGGACAGAGCUAACAUUCGACUCAAAAUUGGGGACUUUUGAAAGCUCUGUUUUUGUACAUAUCCGUACAGAUGGCUUCAAGAGGAAAAACUGAAACUAGCAAAUUAAAACAGAAUUUGGAGGAGCAGUUAGACAGAUUGAUGCAGCAGCUGCAGGACCUGGAGGAAUGUCGAGAGGAUGUUGAUGAUGACGAAUAUGAAGAGACAAAAAAGGAAACCCUUGAACAGUUGAGUGAAUUUAAUGAGUCCCUGAAGAAAAUUAUGUCGGGAGAUAUGACACUGGUGGAUGAACUAAGUGGAAUGCAGCUGGCAAUCCAAGCAGCGAUUAGCCAGGCAUUUAAAACCCCUGAAGUGAUCCGUUUGUUUGCAAAGAAACAGCCUGGACAGUUAAGAACCAGACUACAAGAGAUGGACAGAGAUGUGAUGGUGGGAAAAUUACCAAAGGAUGUUUACACUCAACAAAAAGUUGAAAUCCUCACUGCUUUAAGGAAGCUAGGAGAGAAGCUUUCACCAGAAGAUGAGUCUUUUCUUGCAACAAAUGCAACUUCCACUCUUAGCGAAUUUGAAAAAGUUGCCAGAGAUCUUGGAUCAGGAGAUAAAGUUCUCGCUCUUGCUAGCUCUGAAGUGGAAAAAACAAAGAAGUGAAAAGUACUUCAUGUAUCAGUCUGUGUGAAGUGGUACCACUGGCAAAGUACUUCAUAUUGUAGUCUGUUGUUUCUGUCAAGUAUUUGCUAGCAAAAGGUCCAGUUUUUGAAGAAGCCUUAUGAGUAAACUAUUUCGGUGAGGAACUCCCACGGGACAUUUGAAGUCCAGUUUGAUGUACAGCACUCUAAUAAAGAAGGAAAUAUUGACAUUUGACAUCUUGAUGAUUUUGUCAGAUUGGUAGAUGUGUUGCAAAUGUGACAGCUUUGAGUCACAGACCUUUAUAGUCUUAAAUAUUCAGUCUUCCAGUCUGCAGAAGGCAAAGAAGUUGAAAAUUGUCAUCAGUCAGAAACUCAUUUCAUUUGUAUAACAUGCAGCCAACAUCAAUUGUGAAAGGAUAAUACGGAUACACUCUUUAGUCAAGUCUUUGUUUUAAACAUUCUCAUGUCUUCCAGAUGAAGUUACGUGACUCUACAUAUGCUGUGAAAGCAGUGAAAAAUUACUAUCCACGCAGUCCAAUAAUAAAAUUUCACUACAUUUUUUUACUGACUGUUGCAGAAAUAUAGACUGUUCUGUUUUCCUUGGUCUUCAGUUGUUCUGAUUUUUCCCCUUGCAGCAGGAGUGAUUGAUAUCCUUCACUGGUGUCAUCUUUGUGUUUUCAAAGCCACCAUCUAUACUUUAAAAUAUAUCAUGGUUUUUGAGGAAAUAUAUGGAGUCUGAGCAGCUGCCAAGUUGCUAUGUUUUAUAGUGCUCUGUCUUGGCGUUAAAUGCUUUUAAUUGUAUGUGUAGGGCAAUGGUUGUAUUUAAGAACAAAGGUUAUUGGGGGAUAUAGCAUGUACUGUAAAUGUGCAUAAGUGGGGGGUUAUGUAUGUUAUGAAAUAGUGGUGUCACAGCUGAACUAGAAAUGCAGUCUUAAAUGGUAAUACCAUGUCAGAUUUACGCAUUACCAGAUGAGGUUAAUUGCCAGCUAAUGUUGAUAUAGAAGUUAAUGUAGAAUGCUGGAAAAGAUAUUGUACUUUGUUUGGAGAAUAUGAAUGUACUAGUCUAGAAUGGUAUAAUAUGUGAGCAUACUAGGUUUAGGAAUAAGAACGUUUGGAACAGCAAACUUAAGUGUUAGCAGAUUUUAAUUUUAAUUAACUAAAAUAUCAGUUUACUCUGUGGCCCUUGGUACAGUUGAUGUUCAUUCUGGGGAAAGCCAACGUGUUCAGAUUGCUAAUAAUUUCUUUUCACAUACCUGUGGGGGUAAUGAAACAUGCAGUGAAUUAGUAUCUUAACACUGUGGUUGUCACUUUUUCUCCAUUGUCAGUCUUCAGAGAUAUUUUCUGGUGCCUGGUGUAUAACAGGCAUAUUGGACUUACCAGAAUAAGAACAAUAUAAAGUGUCACACUAGUGUCAUGCGACCUUUUGAACUGACAGGGUCAUCAAGUAAGCCACACUCUGUUUAUAUUGUAAAAUGAUCUGAUAAGAUUCUCUUGUUAAUGGAAUGGACUGCCAGGCAUAUAUGUCAAACAUGCAUGCAGAAAUGAUGCCUGGUUGUGUGGCAUAUAGAAGGGUAAAGCCCUGACAACAAACUAUCCAACUUGAGUUCAAGUAGCUGGAAGAACUGGGCAGGGGAAAUGAGAGAGAGAGAGGGGCUGAUGCUGACUGAUUGAGGGGGAGGGUCCCAUUUGGCCAUUCCUCUGAUGUUAAGCAGAAGCUUGCACAGUAGCUGUGGAUCUGGGGGGGUGUAGACAUGGUAUGGGUAAAGGUAGCUCUGUACGCAAGUGGAUGGGUAGGUGUCUGUGUGCUAGCAUGCUCAUGGGAGUGGGAGAGUAUUGGAUAUCCACUGGUGUCGAUGUCAACUUCCAGGGAGUGGUUUUAGGGUUCAUUCAAAAACAUCUCCCAUAACCAGUGCCCUCACAAAUGGAAAGCUGCAUUGGGAGUGGUAAUGAGUAGUUUAUUGGCCUGGGGACAAUUAGUGUCCUUCCAAAACUGGACAGCCACCAAAUCAUUGGAGGAGGUUUGAAGCAAGACCUUUAGGCUGUAAGGAUAGUAACACCCUCUAGGAGCAGUAACCUGGAAGAAUUAGUGAUUUGGAGGGGCACACACUUCAUGGCUCUCUCGUGAUGAUAGUGGCUCUCAGUCAUGUGCAGAUAGAGUCCCCUAAAUGUGAUGGUCAACACGCACAGAGGGGAAAAAUACAUAGAAAAAAGCUGCAUGCAUAAAGUAAUCAUUUUGUAUUUGUACUUGUUCACUGUGUACCUAAGCUGCAGAAAGCCCAAGACAGUGAACCGUUACGCAUAAGGCAGUAUUUUGUAAAGGCUUUCACAAUCCCAAAAUGCAGUGCAGGUAUUCAGUGAGUAGCAUUUUCCAAACCCAGUAGUAAAAUCAGCUACCACUGCCACCAUGGAAAUGUUGAGAUUUGUUUUAAUUUAAAUGUUUUCAUUAGUAAAACAAAAUGGACCAUUCCCAUGUUUACAUUUUUUUUGCGGGAUUUUGUAUAAUUAAUUCCAGCUGCCAUUAAUAAUGAUGUAUAUGUAAACAGGUGUUUUUAAAUGUUAACUGGUUUAAUAAAACAAAGCACUUAACUGA